GCGGGCGCGGAGCCGGAGCCCGUCGCCCGGGGCCGGGGCCAUGCGGCGGGCGGCUGCGCUGCUGCUGCUGCUGGCGGCGGCUCUGAGCGGCGGGGGGGCGGCUCGGAGCUGCCCCGCACAGAGCCUGGGCUGCAAGUGCGGGACGGAACGGCCCAAACCGCCCGGCGGCCCGGCGGCGCCCCGGCGGAGGGUGGUCUGCAGCGGCGGGGGGCUCCCGCUGCCUCCCGAGCCGCGCCUGCUGCCCGACGGCACCGCCACGCUGCUGCUGAGUAACAACAAGAUCACGGUGCUGGAGAACGGCUCCUUCUUCGGGCUGCGGGCUCUGGAGAAGCUGGACCUGAAGAACAACCUGAUCAGCACGGUCCAGCCGGGAGCCUUCCUCGGCCUGCCCGAGCUGAAACGCCUGGACCUCUCCAACAACCGCAUCGGCUGCCUGAGCGCCAGCGUUUUCCAGGGGCUCCCCAACCUCCUCAGGCUCAACAUGUCGGGGAACAUUUUCUCCAGCCUCCCUGCCGGUGUCUUCGACGAGCUGCCCUCGCUGAAAGUCGUGGACUUCGCCACCGAGUACCUGACGUGCGACUGCAACCUGCGCUGGGUGCUGCCCUGGGCUCGCAACCGCUCGGCGCAGAUCUCGGAGCGCACGGCGUGCGUGUACCCGCGGCACCUGCACGGGCUGCCCCUGCGCGGCACGCGCGACGGCCUCCUGCGCUGCGCGGGAGCCCCGGAGCUGCACACGCACCACCUCAUCCCGUCGCUGCGCCAGGUGGUUUUCCAGGGAGACCGGUUGCCCUUCCAGUGCACGGCCACCUAUUUGGACAACAGCACCCAGAUCCGGUGGUACCACAACCGGGAGCUGGUGGAGGAAGACGAGAGGACGGGAGUCAUCGUGGAGGAGAGCCUCAUCCAUGACUGCACGUUCAUCACCAGCGAGCUCAUCCUGUCCAACAUCCACGUCUCUGCCAACGGCGAGUGGGAAUGCGCCGUCUCCACCUCCCAGGGCAACGUCAGCAAGAAGGUGGAGAUUGUGGUGCUGGAGACCUCGGCGUCCUACUGCCCUGCCGAGCGCGUCACCAACAACCGCGGCGACUUCAGGUGGCCACGCACGCUGGCAGGGAUCACAGCGUACCAGCCGUGCCUGCAGCACCCGUUCGCCACGGGGCCGGGCGGCGGCGGCUCGCUGCCGGAGCAGCAGGCAUGGCGGCGCUGCGACCGCGCCGGCCGCUGGGACCAGGGCGACUACUCCCGCUGCCUCUACACCAACGACAUCACCCGCGUGCUCUACACCUUCGUGCUGAUGCCCAUCAACGCCUCCAACGCGCUGACCCUGGCGCACCAGCUCCGCGUCUACACGGCCGAGGCGGCCAACUUCUCAGACAUGGUGGAUGUUCUCUACGUGGCCCAGAUGAUAGAGAAGUUUCUCGGCUAUGUGGACCAGAUCAAGCAGCUGACAGACGUCAUCGUGGAGAUGGCCAGCAACAUCAUGCUGGUGGAUGACCACAUCCUGUGGAUGUCACAGAAGGAGGAGAAGGCUUGCACCAGCAUCGUCCGCUCCCUGGAGAGGAUCGCUGCGCACACGCUCGGCAGCAACUCCCAGCACAUGGCGGUGAACUCCCGCAACAUCGCCUUUGAGGCUUACGUGGUGAAGCCCGAGAGCUACGUGGGGCUGAGCUGUGUGGCGUUCCAGCGACGGGAUGGGGGUCCAGCCGGGCACCCCCCUGCAGCUGAGCGGGGCAACGAGCCCGUGGGCGACCAGCAGCUGCGGCUGCGCUGCACCACAGGCCGCCCCAACGUCUCCCUGACCACCUUCCACAUCAAGAACAGCGUCGCCCUGGCCUCCAUCCAGUUGCCACCCAGCCUGUUCGCUGGCCACGUCCCGGCCGCGCCGCUGGGCGACUGCAAGCUCCAGCUGCUGGUCUUCCGCAACGGGAAACUCUUCUGCAGCACCGGCAACUCCUCCCGCCUGGCUGACGACGGCAAGCGCCGGAGCGUGGCCACGCCGGUCAUCUACGCCGGCACCUAUGGCUGUGGUGUGGGAAACCUGUCAGAGCCGGUGGCCGUGUCGCUGCGGCACCCCGGGGAGGGCGCAGACCCCGUGGCUGCCUACUGGAACUUCGAGGUGCUGGGGGGCAUGGGGGGCUGGAGCGCCGAGGGCUGCCAGCUGGCCACCCGCGAGCCCAACGUCACCUCCCUGCACUGCCACCACCUCAGCAACGUGGCUGUGCUCAUGGAGCUGAGCGGCUUCCCCAGCGAGGCGAGGGGCAGCGCAGAGGUGCUGCACCCGGCCAUGUACACCUGCACCGCCGUGCUCCUGCUCUGCCUCUUCACCACCAUCAUCACCUACAUCGUCAACCACGGCACCAUUCUCAUCCCACGGAAGGGCUGGCACAUGCUGCUCAACCUCUGCUUCCACAUCGCCAUGACGGCCGCCGUCUUCGCGGGAGGCAUCACGCUCACGGGGUACCUGAUCGUGUGCCAGGCGGUUGGCAUCAUCCUGCACUACUCCUCCCUGUCCACGCUGCUGUGGAUGGCGGUGAAAGCCCGGGUGCUCUACAAGGAGGCCGCCUGGAAGGCACCGCGGCAGCCGGACGGGGACGGGGCCCAGGCAGCCCCCAGGCCCAUGCUACGGUUCUACCUGAUCGCCGGCGGCAUCCCCCUCAUCAUCUGCGGGAUCACGGCGGCCGUCAACAUCCACAACUACCACGACAACAACCCCUACUGCUGGCUCGUGUGGCGGCCCAGCCUGGGAGCUUUCUACGUGCCUGUGGCUUUCAUUUUGCUCAUCACCUGGAUUUACUUCCUCUGUGCCGGGCUGAGCCUCCAGUGGCGACCCUCACGCCGCAAAGACGUCCCUGAGGCGCUGGAGCCGGCGCGGCCGCGGCUGGGGGGAGCCGGUGACCCGCUGACUGACUCCGGCUCCAUCUCGGUCACGCUGCACUCGGGGCCGCUGUGUCCCGAGGCAGACGGCGUCUACUCGCUGCGGGUGCAGUUCUGGGCCCUGCUCACCACCCACACCUUGUACGUUGCCCUCUGGACGUUCGGCGCCAUGGCCGUGUCCCAGCGCUGGUACCUCAACGUCGUCUUCAGCUGCCUCUACGGCGUCACCGCCGUGGCGCUGGGACUCUUCAUCUUCAUCCACCACUGCGUGCGGCGCCGGGACGUCCUCAACUCCUGGUUCUCCUGCUGCCCUUCCUACAGGAACGCUCUGCCCAUGCAGGCCUACGUGCACCCCGGGCUGGUGCCAGAGGAUGGCUCGCAGGUCUUCAUCGGCUGCGACCCGGAGGCGGCUCAUUCUGCUGCGUCCUCCUCCUCCUCGCCCAGCAGCGCCGGCUCCGGCGGCCGCUGCAAGCUCACCAACCUGCAGGUAGCCCAGAGCCAGGCGGACGCUCGCCCUGCCGCCAGCGCGGAGCCGGAGCCCGCCGAAGGCAGGGCCUCGGGAGCCGGCAGACACGCCAGCAACCUGCACGGCCGCAGGAACCACCGCGGCAGAACUAAGCCCGGCCGGGACGGGAAGCACCACCGCUUGAAAACGCUGCGGGGCCCGUCCUCGGAGCAUCCCUCCAGCGAGAGCGGCAGCCUCCACCACAGCCACUCCGAGAGCUACCACAGCGGCAGGAGCAGCCCGCUGCGGGGCCCGCGCGCCGCCCAGGACGGCGACGCCUUGCCCAGUCACUCGGAAGGCAGCGACGGCGGCCGGCGGGCGCCCGACCUCGCCGAGGCUCGCCGGAGGAGCGCCGGCAGGGACAACCUGCGCCAGCCCGACAAGGAGGCCAAGCGCCGCUCCUACCCGCUCAACGUGGGCAGCCACAACGGCGGCCUCAAGGGCAGCAAGUACGACAUCAACCUGGCCGGCGCCGACGGCGGGGCCGGCAUGAAAACCGGCCUGUGGAAGAGCGAAACCACCGUGUAACGGCGGGGAAAGGGCCCAGCGACGGUUUUGCCCCCGCGGGAGCCGCUGGAGGGCUGAGGGGAGGCGGCGCUGCGGGAGUCGCCGCGUGCACUAGCGGGGCCGGGCGAGGAGCCGGCGGCUGCGGCACAGCCCAGGCUGAGGGGCUGCCACACGGCUCCUGCCGAGGCUCAAAGCCUCGGUGCCCAGGCCAAAGGCCACGCCGGCUGCGGCCGCGCCUCAGCCGCCCCUGCACGGCACUUCAGACUCACCCCAAAUGCUAUUUUAUAAUAUACAGAGGAAACAAAUGUCUAUUUUUCAAAGCUAUAUGGUUGAAUGUAUAGAUGUGUGCGUGGACGGCUCAGGAAGCGCCGCGAGUGCCUCGUUACCAAACCAGUGUUGUCCGGGCGCGGGCGAUCGCGCCGCGACUGCAAUAUCCCCCCCCUGCUCCCCGAGGGGACCACACCAAGUGCCCUUCUCGUGCAGGCACCGUGGCACCGAGGCCUGAGCCACCCCAGCCUGAGCGAGGUGCUCCCGAGCGCGGCUCCUCUGCUUGAAAUGCGUCGGACACGUUGAUCCACGCGUGUGAGACGCCGGCGUUGAGCCCUGCGGGUUACGCGGCUGCCGAAGGAAAAGCCAUAUUGCAAACGCAAGCACAAGGUAAGAGGAGCCUCAGCUCCCGGGAGAGGUGACUGUCUGCACUCUUUUAAUGCCAGACACUAAAAAUCACGGCCAGGAAAGGCUCCUGAGCCCUUGUAAGCUAUGCAAUGGGGUGGCCUGACCCUCCCUGCACAAGCACCAAAGAGCAGAGCCCUGGAGCAGGUCCUCAGCCCUCACCCAGGGGUGCACACGCAGGAGAGAAGGGGUUUGCUCCUGGGAAGGCAGAGAAACGCCCCAGCUGCUGGCCUCAUGCCUGUGAGAGCAGAGGGAGGCACCAGGGAGCAGGGGCUGCUCCUGGGCGGGUGGCAGAGCGCUGCCCAGGGCCCGUCACACGAUGCUUUGGAGAGGCUGGAGCUGGGAUAAGCACUUAAUUUGCCCCAUUUAAAACCAAAUCCCUCCCUAUUUUUUACCCAGCACCCCGGUGCAGGCAGCAGCAGGCUCCAGGAGACACCCCUUGCCAGGGUCUGGAGGUCUGGAGAGAGAAAGGAGGGUGGUUAUCCCCCAGCUGGGUGAGAAGCACCGAGUCCCAGUGCUGGUCCUGCUCACCUGGCUGUGAUUUACCCCUCACUGGGUGUAUUUCACCCCUCAGCUCACUGCAAUUUACCCCUCAUUAGCUAUUUACCCCUAAUUGGGUGUAUUUAACCUCUCAGCUGGCAGGGGCGGUGCAUAGGAGGUGAGGUGGGAGUUUUGGUGUCCCUUCUGCCCUCCCUUUUCCCCUGGCUGGAGGUGAAUGAUGCAGCUGCCUCCUGACGAUCAGGAGCCCCAAAAAGCAGUGGAGGAAAACAGAUUUGUGUCCCUUUCAGCAAGCCCCAAGGCCCCAGCAGGGCUGCACCCCUGAGCCCAGCACCAUUCUGCUGCUCCCCUGCCCCAAAGCCCCAAACUCUCAUCCCAGGCGAUGGCUCCAGCCCCUUCCACUGGUGUCUCCUCCCAUCAAGUCCUUGCUGAUACCCAGUUGUUGUAUUUGCUUUGCUGCACUGUGACAGUAUUAUCUGAAAAGCUUUGUAUUAUUACACUUGUUUGUUGGUCUGUUUACACUAUGAGCAAAUGACAUAUCAUCAGAGAGCUUCCUGCAGUAGCUGUGGGGGAGGGAGGGGAAAGAGAUGCCAAAGAAAUGUCUUUAAAAGGGUCUUUUUUUUUUUUGCAUUUUUAUAUAAAUAGAAUGUUUCCAGCAAAUAUCUGGUGUUUAAUAUAUUAAAGACUUGCCAGUCUGCCCAGA